AUGUCCUCUUUACUACCAACAAAUGGCAGAGUUUUGGUUGAUACAACCGUGGGUGAUAUAGAGCAGGAAUGUCCAAAAGCAUGUCGCAACCUCAUCGCGCUCGCACUAGAAGGGUACUACGAUGGAGUGAUCUUCCACCGAGUCGUCCCGGGAUUCUUGGUACAGACGGGUGAC